UACCCGUCUGAGCUGAGGUUUAAUAGGGAAUGAGAACAUACUUUGUCCUCUUGAAAAAUGGCGAAGCAGAAGAUGAUUAUAGACUGUGAUACAGGGGUGGACGAUGCUCAGGCUAUCAUGAUGGCAGUGUCCAGACCAGAAAUUGACGUCAUAGCUAUCACGUGUGUCAAUGGAAAUGUGGACAUUGAUAACGUCUGCAAAAAUACGCUGCGUGUUCUUAAAAUUUGUGAUUCUCUACAUAUACCGAUAUUCAAAGGAAGUGCAAGAUCUAUUGUACACUAUGAUGAAGAUGCUUCCCAUGUUCAUGGAAAAGACGGUUUGGGUGAUGUUCCAGACGCACUGGACGUUAAUUUGAAUUGUAUUCAAGAGGAACACGCAGUAAAUGCGCUGACGCGACUUUCAAAAAUGCAUGAAGGUGAGGUUAAAUUAGUUGCUUUGGCACCAUUGACGAAUCUUGGAUUAGCACUUCGUAUGGAUCCGGAUUUUUCUAGACGGUUGAAAGGCUUGGUUAUCAUGGGGGGAAACAUGCAAGGUAAAGGGAACAGAUCCACUUCUAUCGCGUCGGAGUUCAACUUUGGCUCAGAUCCAGAAGCAGCGUACAUAGUCCUUCACGAGAUGAAAUGUCCGAUCACUAUUGUGCCCUUGGAACUUUGUCUUUCACAGGUUUUCCCAUGGGAAAAGAUGGUUGAAUGUUUAGAUUUAAAUACGAGGAAAUCGACCUUUCUUCAAGACAUCACCAAAGCAAGUGUGAAGAGACAGAAAGCAGACCGAGAACCCGGUUUUUGCUCAUGCGAUGCUCAAGCCAUGGCUGUUGCAAUUGACAGUUCUAUUGUGCUAAAAUCUGUGGACAUAUUUGCCACAGUGGAACUAAAUGGGAACUUGACACGCGGCAUGUUGGUUGCUGAUUGGCGUGACAAACUGAAAAAGUCCCCCAAUGUUACAAUAGUAGAAAAAACUGACCCGAAUAAAUCGCUUUCGAUAUGGAAAAGUAUGUUCUACUAAAAAUAUGUUCAUUUUCAAUAUAGUUUGUUAAUAUAACUUUGCUCAUAUCAGUCAUAUGGUGCCAUAAGAAAAAAUGAUUCAAAAGAAAGUUAUAAAUGCAUAAAGUUUUGCUUUAUUCAAAAUGUCUUUUCAAAUCAUAUAAUUUAAAAACUGUUUCAUCAUGUUUACAAUGAAUAUCUUAAAUUCAUGGUUACAUGAUUUUGGAAGAUGUUCAUUCAUUUAAUUUUUGGAGUAUAGAAGUGAUAAUGUGUUCGAAUGAAUGUUGGUGCUCGGAAAAGUACACAACAAAGAGUCGCUUUUCAGCUUCUUACUGAAACUUUAAAUAAAUCUAAGUAUUUCAUCUAGAUAUAGACUACUUAGCUGUAAACAUUCAAACUAUUUCUUUGUGAUUAUUCUAAUAAAAUAAAUUAAAAUACAUGUCUAUUGAAUACUGGUUAGAUCUCUCAGAAGCUAAUUGAGACAUUGGGCUAUGUUAAGAGUAAAAAUUCUGUUAAUUAUCUAUAUAGAUAUAAUUUCCCUUUAUUCUUUCUAACUCAGCAUUUUGAGUUUAUCAACCAGAUGUGAGUAAAUGAAUUUGACAGUUCACCUAACAAUUUGAUAUUUUAAUUGCUACAACUCUCCCAGUUUUAGGGACUCUCGUGACUUUUGUUUCAAUGUAAUUAUAAAGCUGGUUACGUUAUCUUGAUUUAUGUAUCUUUUAGCUUCAUUCACAUCCUGUCCGUGGGAACUGUGUAACUUUCUGUAUAUUCCAAUUAGUCAUAGAUUUCAUAUAAUGCUUUGUAAGUGAAAUUUUAUUCAGUCUUCGGUUAAUUCUUGUCAAUGUUACACGCAUGGAAUAAAUUGUUGAAAUCGCUA